ACAAAUAUCAGCACAGCAACAAAUAAGAAUAUACAACUAGCACUCUUAGAAAAUACAAUUAUGGAGCUAUAGUAGUAGUAGAAAAGUGUAAGCUAAAUAAGCAUAUACAAACUAAAAGAUCAUACAAGUAAGAUUAUUCUCACAGUUAAUGCAUAAGCACACGAGACAUACCUGUUCGGUUGCGUGCAGAGAACUGUGCAGCCAUGUACGCUUAUGCCGCUUAUAAGCAAUCCUGGCUCCCCACAAUCACUGACCUCACACAAACUGUAUAAAAGCAGCCCAUUGGCACUGCAAAGUUGUAUUCGACUCCAGCUUGCAUUGUGAGUAACUCGUGCACCUCGGUCAGUUUGUGCGUCCGGGGCAGUACGUGCAUCAGUCGAAGUCGUCUACGCUUGUGUGAUGCCAGAACAUCUUCUCCAUAGUUCGCUAGAAGUGAGCAGUCAUUCCCCACGUGCCGUCUUGCAAAGUUCCACUUAGAUGUUAAACCUUCAAUGAGCAGUCUAGCUGUGAAAACUUCUACAACAAUAUGUAUCUACAAUGUGCCAUCUGUCGAGAAGCCUACUUCCUUAGUGCAUCCGCAAGGAGCCGUCACCAGCAAAUGUGUUUGGCGUUGAACGACUACUUCACAUCAGCAGUAGCGAGCAACAAUGACAACAGACGAGAGACACACGAGGCAGCAAUUCAGACACCUCCACAGCAAAUUAAAGCAGUACCCAGUGGCAGUGGCUUGAAAAGAAAACUACCACCUCCAAAGGUGACUAAGCGUCCUGUGACUAGUGUAUUGUCAAGUCCAUCAUCACAUACAAGUUCAACAACAAGGCUGACGUGGUAUUUAAAAAAAGGUCUUCAAUCGGCCAAAGACUAUGUCAUAGAAAAUAAUGAAAACCUCUACAAGGACCUACCGCCAUUUAUUGAAGCUGCUAACGAAGUGGUGCUCGAUAUACUACAAGAUGAGCUGCGUGUCACCAAAUCCCUCAAGUACAACGUCGUACUGGAGGCCGUCUACUGCCAUCCUGAAGGACAUUGCGAACUUAUGAACUUCAAGACCACGUCGAGGCUUAUACACAGCGCCUGUGAUGAGCUACAAGAGCUGCUGAAGAAGGACGCCAGCAAACUGCUUCGUGAGGAGUCUGAAGCGCAGGCGAAAGGCAGUGGAUGGACUUUGCAUGAGGUAAAGAGCCUCACACUUAGACUAAGCAAAUUUUCAUAUGCAUUGCCUGCUGGAAGUGGCUAUCUGCCACUGCCUCCAAAAAUUGCUAAAAGGAAAUGCAUUUUAAAUGUAAAAAACAGCAAUGAUUGUUGUUUCAUGUAUUGUAUAUUAGCCAAAAGUCUACCUAAUAUACGUUAUGACUCAGUGCUUACUGAGCAUAGCUUUAGGGAGUGUGAAACACAUUACAACUUUGAUGGUAUUUCAUUUCCAACGCCCAUUUCACAAAUGAAAAAAUUUGAAAAACAAAACAUCAACACUAGCGUAAACAUCUUCGAACUGGACGAAAAUGCCCAUAUUACACCACUCAGGAUAGUUGAUGAGCAGCAAGACCAUUUUGAUCUCCUUCUCGUUAGAAAUGAUGAAGGAGAGGCUCAUUUUACGUUAAUAUUGAAUUUCACAAAGCUUAUGCAGCCACAAAUUACAAAAGGCAGCAACAAAAUUACAAUCUGUAAAAGGUGUAGCACCUUUAAAGAAAACAGGCGCUGUGUUCCGACACCUCAGCACUGGUUGAGUGAACAUUUAAUGCUCUGUGGAAAAUCAAAACCAAGUGAAGUGAUUUUGCCGGAGCAGCAUAAAAGCAAACUUAGAUUUGUUAGCUACGAGAUGCAAAUUGAAGUACCAAUUGUAGUCACAGCUGACUUCGAAUCAACACUAUAUCCAGUUCCCUCGACAGACAAUGCCUAUCAACGGCACGAGGCGAACUCGUUUGCUUAUAUCGUAGCAAGUAACCUUCCCAAAGAGCUGUUAGAGGAAGCUGAGAUAAACACCUCACCCUACAUACACAGAUCGGAAUCGGCUGCAAAAGAAUUCCUUUUACAAAUGCAGGAGCUAGCUGUAAAAGUGGAAAAGCUGUACACUAAAAAUGUGAGUAUGAUUGCAUUAAAUGAUGAACAACAGAAACAGCAUGAUGAAGCGACAAACUGCGAGCUGUGUGAAAUAGCAUUUGAUGAGACAUUGGUUCAGUCAAGGAAAUGCCGGGAUCACGACCAUAUAACAGAUUCGCCGUAUGGACUUUUACUAGAAUGUGAUGUCACAGUGCCAGAGCACUUGCACGAUCUAAUGAACGACUUCCCCAUUCUACCAGAACAAAAAGAUGUGGAUAAUCAGGGAAAACUACUUGCUACGCUUGAAGAUAAAAAACACUAUAUCGCUCACUAUACAGUGUUCCAGCAGGCAGUCAAAUUAGGCUUGAAAAUUACAAAAGUUCACAGAGCGUUGCGAUUCUCCCAGUCGCCGUGGAUGGAAAAGUUCAUCGACAAAAACACCACAUUAAGAGCUGAAUCUACGAAUGAGUUUUCCAAAAAUUUCUACAAGUUUAUGAAUAAUAGUGUGUUUGGAAAGACGUUAGAAAACGUGCGCAAUCGUGUAGAUAUUAGAAUAGUAACUUCUGAUGAAGCGUUCCAGAAGCUGUCACGUCAAGCAAGAUUUGUUGACAGAAGCAUUAUCGCUGAUGGUGUGAUCGCGGAAAGAUUGGGAGAUGUACUGGAUAGGUCAUGCUAUCCCAAGGAGCAUGAGCUGUGGCUGGAAGGAGCGAUUCCUCAAAUAGGCACAUUUAAGGAUGAAUGCAAAGGAAGACAGCUAUUUGAGUACGUAGGAUUGCGUUGUAAAAUGUACUGCUACAGGUUCAACUCCAGCCAACAGACAACGGCAAAGAAAAAGUGUAAGGGAAUAAGCAAACGCUAUGUCGAAAACAAAAUUUCAUUUGAUCACUACAAGAAGGCACUGUUUGAAGAUAAACAGUACAGAGCGACAUUUAACCAGAUAAGAAGCAAGACAUUUCAACUCACCUCUAGAACAGUUGAUAAACUCUCCCUGUCAGCCAAUGAUAACAAACGCAUAGUGUUGCAGGACAAAAUUAGAACUUUGGCGUAUGGGCAUUAUCGAGCUCGUCAAAAUGACGAUGGAGGAUCGUCAGAAUAUGAUUCUAGUCAGUCUUAG